AUGGCCGCCUCUUUUGGUAUCCCAUACGAUGCGAAGGCCGAUCCGCUCCGAGAGAUGAAGGCUUUCAAGGCAGCAAUGGUUGAUGCUAAAGCGAAUCCCGACUGGCGUACUGCUCGUUUCAUCGAACGUCAGCGAUGGAAUCCGUACUCUUUCGAGGGAGGGUCAACUUGUGCCAUAGCCGGUGAUAACUUCGCCAUCGUGGCUAGCGACUCCCGCAUGUCUCAAAUGGAAAUCAAUAUCCUUACUAGAGAUGCCGAAAAGGUUCAUGUGCUGAAUGACUCUGUCAUUCUGGCGACUUCUGGAUUCUACGGUGACGUGUUGCAACUGAAGCGAGUACUGCAGUCUCGUCUUCAUAAGUACCGCUUUGAUUAUCGUACUGACAUGAGCGUUGAUUUGAUGGCAGAACUUCUUGCUAGAAACCUGUACUAUAGACGUUUCUUUCCCUACUACACUGGUGCAAUUUUAGCUGGCAUUGAUGAAAACGGAAAAGGCGCAGUAUUCAGUUACGAUCCUAUCGGUUGCAUAGAACGAAUUGCAUAUGCUGCAACAGGUGCUGCUGAACCGAUGAUGAUACCGUUCCUCGACUGUCAAGUCGGUCAUGUCACGCUUGCCGAGGAAGCUGAACGUCCACCGCUCAAUCUGCAGCGUGCAGUUUCUCUCAUGAAGGAUGCAUUUCGUACUGCUGCCGAGCGAGAAAUUUCCACUGGUGACAAAAUUCACCUGGUUAUUGCUGAGGCUGGGAAACCUAUUCAACAGCUGCAUCUCCCCCUCCGUGAGGAUUGA